AUGGUUACGCUAGGCGGGUCGGCUACAUCGUCUCAUUUUGAGGUAUUUCAGGGGCUGGAGGAACUUUUCCGCCGCAGGGGAAUCGACCUGGACUGGAUUCUGUAUUCGGACUACGACGCGAUGGUGGACGCCUUUGUGAAGGGCGACAUUGACCUGGCGUGGAACGGACCGCUCGGUUACGUUCAAGAUCAAGCGCCUGCUGGACCGGCCGUGUCGCGUCAUAGCGAUGCGCGAUUCGAAGACCUUUUAGGCAGGCGAUUCGCAUUUGGCCGCCGCAGUUCCGAGCAGGCCGGUCUGGUGCCUUACUACGUUCUGAAGCAGUCAGGGCUGAACCCUGACAAAGACCUUUCGGCCGUCAGUUUCUAUGAGGAGCGUGAAUCACGGAACACGUCAGACGAGCGCGAUGUGGUUGAGCGAGUGGCAUCCGGUGAGUUCGAUGCCGGAGCGGUAAGCCGGAGAACGCUGGAACUGAUGGUGGAGGAUGGCAGCCUGACUGGACAUCCGGUGCGAGUGUUCUGGUCCAGUCCCGCCUAUAGCCACUGCUGCUUCACGGCUCAGCAAGAUAUGGAACCGCAGUUAGUCGCGCAGAUCGAAGCGGCGUUCCUCGUCAUUACCGGAUCUGAUGAGGUUGAACGGGCGGUGCUAGAAGGAGAAGGCUGCAGCAGCUUCGUCGCGGGCGUCGAAGAGGGAUGGGAGAUAAUCGAAGAUGCGGCGGUGACCGAAGGGCUGGUCUGA